CUUGCAAUCUACGCUGCAACACAAGCAACCCAAAUCAUUCCUUUUUAUCUUCCUAUAUACCUUCAACAAUGGCCCCAUGUCCGCUUUCAUUACCUUCUAAUCCCAAAAUUCAUACCAAAAACAAUAACCCGUAUUACUUCUAUUCCUCUACCUAAAGAAAAUGGCUCAAUCCUUUGCAUUCGGGAUUACCGGAAAAGUAUUGGAGAAACUAGGCAAUGUUGCCUACGAAGGAAUUUGCUCCGCAUGGGGUGUUCGAAAGGAGUUCGAAAAGCUUAAAGACACGCUAGCUGCUAUCAGAGCUGUGGUCCUGGAUGCUGAACAACAACAGGCUCGUACCCAGGAGCUCAGUCUUUGGCUACAAAGGUUCAAAGAUGCUUGCUACGACGUGGAAGAUUUGAUAGACGAGUUCGAGAUCCAAGCAUUGAGGAGGCAAGUCCUGGAAAGGACCGGAAAGAAGGUACGCCAUUUCUUUUCUGGCUCUAACCCUUUGGCAUUUCGUUUUAGGAUGGGCUAUAAGAUCAGAAAGGCAAACGAGAUGUUGAAUGAGAUUGCAACUAGCAUGGCCAAGUUUCAUCUCACUGAAAAACAUGAACCUAAUGAUGUCAUACAUCGUGAGAGGGAAACCUACUCCUUUGUUAAUACAUCUAGUGUCAUCGGUCGAGAUGAAGCUAAACAACACCUAAUAAACUUCUUAAUGAAUCCAACUGAUGAGAAAGAUAUCCCUGUCCUUCCCAUAGUUGGGAUCGGAGGUAUUGGGAAAACUACCCUUGCCCAAUUGGUGUUUAAUGAGGAGAGUGUGAAGUCGCAUUUUGAAUUGAGAAUCUGGGUGUGUGUUACAGAGGAUUUUGACACCAAACAACUGAUGAUAAAAACCAUUCAAUCUGCCACUGGUAUGAACUGCAAGGACAUGAAUAAGGAGGAAUUGCAUAAAGCUUUACAAGAUUGUUUGAAUGGUAAAAGAUUUUUUAUGGUAUUGGAUGAUGUCUGGAACGAGGACAAAAAGAAAUGGAGUGAGCUGAAAGAUUUGUUGUGUGGGGGAGCCCAAUGGAGUAGAAUCAUUGUCACAACUCGUAGCCGCAAAGUGGCUACAAUCACAGGCACAAUCCCUUCAUAUGAUUUAGAGCAUCUUUCUUAUGAGAAUUGUCUAUCAUUGUUUCUUCAACUUGCCUUUAAAGAAGGUGAAGAGAAACAAUAUGGCAAUCUUGUAAGAAUCGGGGAAGGAAUUGUUCAUAAAUGCAAAGGGGUUGCUUUGGCCGUGAAGACGUUAGGCAGCCUACUCUGUUCAACUAGGGUACAACAUGAUUGGGAACUUGUGAGAGAUUGUGAACUAUGGAAGAUGAAACAGGAGGAAAAUGACAUCUUGCCUGCUUUAAAACUAAGUUAUGAUCAUUUGCCCUGGUAUUUAAAGCAAUGUUUUGCCUUUUGUUCAGUUUUUCCAAAAGAUUUUGAAUUCAGUACUUUCCGUUUGAUCCCAUUGUGGAUGGCAAAUGGCUUUUUGCAAUCACCAUACGAAAAUGAAGAGCCAGAAGAUAUUGGGAAGCGGUAUAUACAAGAGCUACAAUCAAGAUCUUUCUUCCAACAAGUUGAACCUGAGUCUUUCUUUUCCAACUUCAAAAUGCAUGAUUUAUUUCAUGAUCUUGCAUUAUCAGUGGCGCAAAAUGAGGUGAAUUCAUGUAACCAUUAUUCGACUGGGAAUGUUCGACAUUUAUGGUUUGAUCUAUCAAAGCAAGAUGUUUCCCAGUUGCCAAAUAACUUGAGCCGUCUGCAAUCACUUUUCUUGGAAGAUGAAGGCAAGGUUGAUAGCGAAUCUCUUAUUGCAGAAGUUAUCUCAAGGUCUAAACAUUUGAGAGUGUUAGAUUUGGCUUGCUGCAAUUUAGAGCAAUUGUCAAACAGCACACGUUAUCUGAAGCAGUUGAGAGUUUUGAGCCUAGCCUACAAUGGAAAUAUAAAAAGACUUCCAAAUUGCAUUUGCAAUUUGCAGAGUUUGCAAACACUUAACCUUGCUGGAUGUAGGGGAAUUGAAGAGUUACCAGAAGACAUAAGGUACCUGAUUAGCCUUAGACAAUUAACGGUAACAACGAAACAGACGCGUUUGCAAGAGAAUGGAAUAUCGUGCCUAACUUCUCUUCGGACUUUGGCCUUUUCUGAAUGUGAAAAUUUAGAAAAAUUGUUCGAAGACAUUCAAAACCUAACAGCCCUCCGAGAAAUGAUCAUAUAUGAAUGCAAAAACUUGGUUUCAUUGCCACAAGGUUUAAAAUACCUAACUGCAUUAGAAAAUUUGGCAAUUUCGGAUUGUGAAAAGCUCGAUCUCACUAUGGAGGAGUUGGAACUUGAGAGGAAAGAAGAUGGCAGCCUUCGAAAAUUGUGCAUUGAAGGAGUGCCAAAGCUGGAGUCACUACCCCAAUGGAUUCUUCUAGGAUCCACCAAAACAUUGCAGCACUUGUAUAUCGGAGAAUUGGAGAAUGUCUCGAUGUUACCAACGUGGUUCCAACAUCUCACAUCACUCCGAAGUCUUAAAAUUGAUGAUUGCCCAAAGCUGUCGUUUCUACCUGAAGAGAUGCAACACCUCACAUCCCUUCAAAGUCUUGAAAUUGAUGAUUGCCCAGAGCUGUCGUUUCUGCCCGAAGGAAUGCAACACCUCACUGCACUCAAAAGAUUAAAGAUUGAAGGGUGUCCAAAAUUAAGCAAAAGAUGCAUUAAAGAAACCAGUGAAGACUGGCCUAUGAUUGCUCAUGCCCGUAAGAUUAUUGUGAAGCGAUGAAGACCUCAACAACAAAUGAUGAAUAGAUAAGAAUCUCUCGACGUUACUAAUGUGGUUCCAACAUCUCACAUCGCUUCAAUGCCUUUACAUUAGAAAUUACCUAAAGUUGUCACCUCACUGUACUCAAAAAAUUAAGCAUUGCAAUGUAUCCAAAAUUAAGUAAAAGAUGCACCAGUGCUGGCCUAGGAUUGCUCAUAUCCUUGAGAUUUAUUAUGAUGUCUUUAAGACAACAACAGAUGAUGAAUAGAUAAGGUAAGUCACCAAA